UGGACUUGUGCUGGGUGUGCGGCAGGUCUGGGACCGGUGUACUGGGUCCUGAAAGAGAACCGUGCCCUGCCGAACAAUGAAUAAUUGCGUUCUCCUGGAAGAGCAGCUGAUCAAAAAAUCCCAGCAGAAGAGAAGGACCUCUCCCUCCAACUUUAAAGUGCGCUUCUUUGUUUUAACCAAAUCCAAGCUCGCUUACUUUGAGCAUCGCCAUGGGAAAAAAAGAACUUUGAAGGGCUCCAUUGAACUGUCCAGGAUCAAAUGUGUUGAAAUUGUGAAAAGUGACAUCACAAUUCCCUGUAACUAUAAAUAUCCUUUCCAGGUUCUUCAUGACAACUACCUGCUGUAUGUGUUUGCACCUGAUCGAGAGAGCCGGCAAAGAUGGGUGUUUACACUGAAAGAAGAAACCAGGAACAACAACAAUUUGGUGCCGAAGUAUCAUCCAAAUUUUUGGAUAGAUGGGAGAUGGAGAUGCUGUGCCCAGACAGAGAAGCUGGCAGCCGGGUGUAUAGAAUAUGACCCCACCAAGGACGCCUCCAAGAAGCCUCUUCCUCCCACUCCUGAAGAUAACUGGAGGUUGUUGCUAGACCCCAAGGAUGCUUUAGUAAUGGCCAUAUAUGACUACAAGGCUCAGAAUCCCCAGGAGCUGACCUUACAGCGCGGUGAGGAGUACUACAUUAUCGACAACUCUGAGGAUCAUUGGUGGAUGGUUCAGGAUAAGAAUGGUCACGAAGGAUAUGUACCAAGCAGUUACCUGGUGGAAAAAUCACCAGACAACCUGCAAAUAUAUGAGUGGUACAAUAAGAAUAUCAGCAGAAGCAAAGCAGAAAUACUCCUCAAAGAUGAGGGUAAGGAAGGUGCCUUCAUGGUGAGAGAUUCGAGGCAGCCUGGCACGUACACGGUCUCCGUUUUCACCAAGGCAUUAAGCAACGACAACAACCCAGUUAUCAAGCAUUAUCACAUCAAAGAGACUGAUGAGAACCCCAAGCGGUAUUACUUGGCAGAAAAGCACGUGUUUGACUCCAUCCCCGAACUCAUCAACUACCACCAGCACAACGCAGCAGGUCUCGUCACUCGUUUGCGAUAUGCUGUUUGUUCCUGGAGAGAAAAGGCCCCUAUCACUGCAGGACUGAGCUAUGGAAAAUGGGUCAUAAAUCCUUGGGAGCUAACAUUUGUGCAGGAGAUUGGCAGCGGUCAGUUUGGGCUGGUCCAUCUUGGUUACUGGCUUGAGCAGACUAAAGUCGCUAUAAAGACCAUUCGCGAAGGAGCAAUGUCAGAAGAGGACUUUAUUGAGGAGGCCCAAGUCAUGAUGAAGCUCUCUCAUCCCAAGUUAGUCCAGCUGUAUGGUGUGUGCAUGGAACAGGCUCCCAUAUGCCUGGUGUUUGAGUUCAUGGAGCAUGGCUGUUUGUCGGAUUACCUCCGAAACCAGCGGGGCAGCUUCUCCAAGGAAACCCUCUUGGGGAUGUGCCAAGACGUGUGUGAAGGGAUGGCUUAUCUGGAGCAGAAUUCUGUCAUUCACAGAGACCUGGCAGCUCGGAAUUGCUUGGUAGGAGAAUCCCAAGUCGUCAAAGUGUCGGAUUUUGGAAUGUCAAGGUAUGUCCUUGAUGAUCAGUACACUAGCUCCACAGGCACCAAAUUCCCAGUCAAAUGGUCUGCCCCAGAGGUUUUCUCCUACUCCAACUACAGCACCAAGUCUGAUGUCUGGUCAUUUGGAGUGUUGAUGUGGGAGGUCUUCAGCGAAGGCAAAAUCCCUUACGAAAACCGGACCAAUGCAGAGGUGGUGGAAGAAAUCAACGCAGGACUCCGGCUCUAUAAACCCAAGCUCGCCUCCAAGGCCAUCUAUGAGCUCAUGAGCAGCUGCUGGAAAGCGAGGAAAGAAGACCGACCUCCCUUCUCUACCCUGCUCUAUCAGCUGAGUGAGAUCUCUGAAUUUGAUCUUUAAUCAGGACACCGGCACACUGAGUGAAGCCGACCAAGAAGCUGGAGUGGGCUUACUACAGAGUUUUCCCUACACAAAGCAUUAACAAAAUCCCUCCUACCAGAGAUAAUGGUACUAGCCAGGUUGGGGCAGAGGCCUGAACUUCCAGCCAAGCCAAUCCUUUUCAAGAGCUCCAUGUUGAGAAGAUGGAGACAGCCAUUUGGUUUAAGGCUCUCACAAACCAGGCCAGUGAUUUAGCGAAGAUCCCAGAGCCAGAUGACACAACACGCCAAUUUCUCAUGAGGAUAAUAAGGAUCGGUGUGUGGCCUCAGAGCUCAGGUAUCUGGCAUUGUGAUUUUAACCCUGGAAGCACCCAAAUGAAAGGAAACGUUAGCCUGCCCUGAGAAAUGUGUCUCAUCACUGACAAGGAGAGAUCUAUGUAAGAUAUUACCUCAUCCACCUUCUCUCUCUCUAAGAACCAUUCAGAUGCUUCCAAACUUGCCUGUGUCACAGCCGGUCUGGAGCAGGAAGGGAUGGAUGGAAUAACUGGGUACCAGGACACACAGAUCCAACAGAUGUUCUGGCUGGGCUUAGCCAUUGCAUCCUGUAUGCUGAAGGGUUAAGACGGUGUCGUCUCUUAGCAUGAUUCGCUCUGCAGCUCUGGAGUAAGGGGUGUGGGAUUCUGGAGAGUGUAAAGUAGAAGGGAGUGUCCAAGUAAUAGGAACAUAAUACCUGAGAAACCUGUGAAAGAAACUGAAAGGUCUUUCAAAUGUUAUAUUGUUAGUGGGGGAAAAAUACAAAUAAAACCACACAUGCAGACUUUCCGGUGCAGUUGGGGAUGUCUGUGGAGGACAAACAAAGCUGAAGAAUGUGUGUGUCAAAAUUCUCAUCAAGACUUCUACAUAAGAAGAAAAAAUUGGCCUCCAAAGAUCUCUUUCAGCUUGAACACCAAGGGACAGCUUGGCAACGUACUGGGCAGAUCACGUCUGGGGCAGGCGAGGGGCGGGAGCU